AUGGAAAAUGGAAAUAUAUUUAUAUCAAUUAUUAGUUAUAGAGAUUCUGAAUGUCAAUGGACCAUAAAAAAUUUAAUAGAAAAUUCAAAUCAGCCAAAUAGUUUAUAUAUAGGGGUUUGCUUACAAUAUGAUAUGGGUAAUGGGGAGGGUGAUAAACAUUGUUUCGAAUAUCAGGUCGAUAAGGAGUACGAAUCGAAACAUAUCAGGUAUUUAAGAAUGGACUAUAGGGAUGCCAAGGGACCAUGUUAUGCAAGGGCAUUGGUACAACAACAGCUUUAUCGUGAUGAGGAAUACUACUUACAGAUAGAUAGCCACAUGCGAUUUGUUAAGGAUUGGGACAAGAUUUUAAUAGAGCAGUUACAAAUGUGCAAAGUAAAUGGAUCAGUCGAUACCAAUGCUAUACUCACAUGCUAUCCAAUGGGAUACACCUUACCAAAUAAAAUACCAGUACACAGAUACCCCAUCCUUUUAGUUGCCACCCAGUUUGGUGAUGACGGUUUCCUCAGAUUAGGUGGUAAAAUUAUUUCAAAGAAAUUGGAUAGUCCUUGCAAAUCUUUGUUCUGGGUGUCUGGUUUCAGUUUUUCAAGAUCGAAUGUAAUUAAAGAGGUGCCAUACGAUCCAAAUUUACAACAUUUGUUUUUUGGUGAGGAGAUUUCAAUGUCAGCACGUCUUUAUACACAUGGUUUCAAUUUCUAUUCACCCACCAAAACUAUUAUUUUUCAUUUAUGGAAUCGAGAUUACAGACCAACUUUCAGAGAAAAUAAAUCAGAUGAAACCAUUAAAAUUGAAAAUCAUUCAAAAAAAAGAUUAUUAAAAUUAUUUGGUUUAGAAAAUGACAACCAAAUAGGUGAAAUCGAAUCUAAAUAUGGAUUGGGUGCCACCAGAACAUUAGAAAAUUAUUCAGAUUUCUCGGGUGUGGAUUUCAAAAAUAAAUCUUUAAACAACAAUGCCAAAUUUGGGGGUUAUUUUGAAGAAAAAGAUACUUUUUUUAUGAAUGAAAUUAUGGAAUUUGUAAUCAAGUCUCAAAUUGGAAUAUAA